CGAUAAAUCGCGCGUGACGCGUCCGUAUACCUAACUACCAUCGCUGCUCAAGUCACCGGUGCCGGCCGGUGGUGCAGUCAGUUCACAUCGACGUUCAGCCCGCGACGCACCUCACACGACGAGUCCUCGCCGACAGUAUCCACGAUUUUUGUCCACCUAGGAUUAUAAUUUAUAAUACAGUAAGGCACUAAAAUUACAUCGUAAUAACACUAUGACAACGGCGGAUGUCGAUGCAGCAGAUUUGGACAGCGGCGGCGGCGACUGGUAAUCGCGAACGAUCGACUUUUUUUCAUCGCAUCCGGGAAAUAAAUCUGACUACCCGACAUAAUAAUACUAUAAUAACCGAUUUGUGCGAUUUUCGAAAAUAAUAAUACCCGAGACAAUAACAUUGUUUUUGAUAACUCGUGUAUUCAAUACUUUAUAAUAAAAUAUAAUUUACUAACUGUGGCUCAAAAAUGAAGUUGCCGCCACUGCAAUGGCUCGCAGUAGCGGCCGUCAUCGUCGUUGUCGCGGCGGCCGCCUCGCCGACGACCAACGCUCCGGCUGCAGCGGCCGCCGAUAAAGCCGAAGAUGACGACGACGACGGUGGAGGCGGUGGCCUGGACGGCGUAUUUCCGUUCAAAGCCAUCCAACUGUACAACACCGUGGCCGGUUACUUGGAAUACAUUUUCGACAUGGUCAUAGCACCGAUCACGGGCGGUGUAUCAAACAAAAAACAGACAACCAGUAGAGUGUCGUACAAAAGAUAUCAAAUUAUUCGAGUUUUACCAUCUGACGAGGACGAAGUACUCGAUUUAGAAGCAAUGUCCGAAGAACCAGGUGUGCAAGUUUGGAUGCCUAUACGGUUGAAUAAUACUGCAGAUCUCGUAUUACCGCCAAGUGUAGCUAGAGACGUAAAACAAUUUUUAACACAAAGAGAAAUCAACUUCGUUGUACUCAGUUCCGAUUUAGAAAGAAGCAUUAAUAAACAAAAUCCUAAAUCGCCAUCUCUUAAUCAAAAAUCAGAGUUAAAAGCAACAAAAGGUCAUGUAAUGACUUGGAAUAGAUAUCAUCGUUAUCAAGAUAUUCUGGACUACUUAAUGUAUCUAUCGGAAAACUAUCCUCAUUUGGUGGAAUUGUUGCCUAUCGGAAAAACAGUAGAAGGCCGACCGCUAAAAGUAGUAAAAAUAUCAAGUGGACAAACUAGGGAAAACGCUGCCAAACCUGCUAUCUGGAUUGAUGCAGGAAUUCACGCAAGGGAAUGGAUAUCACCAGCUGUAGCACUAUUCAUUUUAAGGCAAUUAGUAGAAAAUAAAUCUUACAGAACAUUGGUUUCUGAGAUUGAUUGGUAUAUUCUACCAAUGAUAAAUGCAGAUGGUUACGAAUAUAGUCAUACUGUAGAUCGUCUAUGGAGAAAGUCUAGGAGGACUGCAGCUACCAAGUCAGGAAGAACUCUAUGGGAUAUGUCAUAUGGUUGUGAAGGUGUUGAUUUAAACAGAAACUGGGAUUGGCACUGGGCUGGAGUUGGCUCUAGUAAAGACCCGUGUUCUGACACUUUUGCUGGAUCGCACGCUUUUUCGGAACCAGAAACUAGAGCAGUUUCUGAUUUUAUAUUGGACCACAGGGAUAGAAUACAAGUAUAUUUAACUCUACAUUCUUACUCACAAAUGUGGCUAGUACCUUGGAGUCACACAAAAAAACUUGCGGAUGAUUAUGAUGAUAUGAUGUACUUAGCGAGACAAGCAACUGAAGCAAUUCAAAAAGUACACGGUUCGCAGUAUCGACUCGGCACUACACCAUCAUUGCUUUACACUACAUCAGGAUGUUCGGAUGACUGGGCCAAAGGGAAAGCUGGUAUAAAAUACAGCUAUACGAUAGAACUUCCAGACAAAGGAAUGUACGGUUUUCUAUUGCCAGCUGAGAAGAUUGUGACAACAGGGAAAGAAAUAUUCACAGGCAUUAAAUCCGUAGCAAAAUCAAUAUUGAAAAUUAACAGCAUGAAGGAGAAGACUAAAUUAAUAGGAUGAUAUUAAUUUAUUAUACCUUUUGUCUUGACGUGAAAUUUGACAAGAAAAUGACUUUCAGUUAAAUUUUAAUAUUUAAGAACAAUUAAAAUAAACUGGUCAGAAAAAAAAUGUUGAAAGUUAAAAAUUAUUUUACUCUAUCUUCAUUGUGUAGGUAGAUUUGUUCUCGGAUCAAAUAGAAGAAUUAACAGGUUAACCAUAAUUCAUAUUUUUUAUAAUUAUAAUUUACAAAUAAAUGUUCCAGAUUAGAACCUAAAACCUAAUAAUAGUCGUUUCCCAAGCGAAAACAGAUUAAAGAUAUGUAGUCGUUUAUAGUAAUAAUUAAGAAGUGUACAACUCACUAAUUACGACCAUUUGUUUAAAAAAAUUCUAAAAAUUGAACCUAGCUAGAUAGUUUACUCUGAAUCACCAAAAAUGUCACAAAACUUGAAACUCAUCAUAUUACACAAUCAAAAAUAUACAAAUUAUUUCGUGUUACUGUUUACAACUAUUUAUAAUAAUUAAUUUGAAUGAAAUAGGUACAUUAUACGUACUAUAUUGUGCCAGUAAUUCAUAUAUUAUAUUAUGAUAUUAUAAUUUUAUUUUUAAAAGAAUAAGUAUAGGUAUUAUAAUAUAAUAAAUUCAUACCUGGA